AUGGACGGACUAAAUGAACAUCGUCGGGGCCCCGUGUUGCCGAGAUCCUCGCCGACUUCACCGCCCUCCAGUACCACAUCUCUGCGGCACCAGUUGAGCCAACAAACCCCGGAAGAUGCCAACACCGAAGGGUGGCGCACGCUGCGCCAGUGCACCGUCGAUGGACAGCACAUCCUUAACACAGGCGCCGAUACCCGGGUACCUGUCACCAAGGGUGGACACGAGGAGCAAAACAAAAGCCGAGCUGCAGCAGAGCUCGCCCAAAUCACGGACGAAGCUGUGUAUACAGAGCUGCAGGCAACUGACUGGCAAAUGGGCCGGUGGACCGACGAAGAUCCGCCACUGCGGGCAGUUCAGCGCUGGAUUCGCACUCGGCGGUGA